UACGUGCAUCUCAUGACUGCCCAUCUUUUUCCCAAACUCCAAAUCUUCCCCCGUAAAAAGGGCUAUUUCGUUUUUCUACAGUGAGAGAACAAAAAAACAAAACAAAAAAGCAUAAUUUUUUCUUCUUUUCUUUUUUGUCAAAAUAUCUAGAGCGAGACAACACAAGCACAAUACCAUCAACACCUUUAUCUUUCUCUUAUUUUACCAAUUUGUUAAUGAUUUUAUGAUUUAUUCUCCGAGAAACAAAGAGGGAGAAGUAUUCUGUGUGUUCAUGUGUGAGAGAAAGAGACUACCGCUAAAUAUGGCUGAGAUUUUUCAAGGAAAAACACGAAAAAAAUGGGUGAUAGUGAAGAAAGUAAUACUGAUGUGAUGCAAAGGAUUCAAUCUUCAUUUGGAACAUCAUCAUCUUCAAUCCCUAAGCAACCUUUAUCAAUGAAUCAUCUUGAGAUGUCUCAGUUGAAUACUAAUCAAAUGAGGUCUGCUAGGCAUUUCUCUCACUUUGGCCAAAACUUUAAUGGUAGUGGUGGCGGUGAUGGUACUAAUAAAAGAGUUGGUAUCCCUCCUUCACACCCUAACCAGAUCCCACCCAUUUCGCCUUAUUCACAGCUCCCUAUGUCCCAGCCUUCGAUUCACCAAUUGGGUUCUCAGGGUUUUAGUCCGGGACCGACUCAUUCCCGGUCUUUGUCGCAGCCCAAUUCGUUUUUUUCUUUUGAUUCAUUGCCCCCUUUGAGCCCUGCCCCUUCUCGUGAUUCUUCGUUUAUGGCAGUUUCGGACCAGAUCACUGAUUUGUCUAUUGAAGAUAGGGAUGUUGCUGCGCAUUCGUUGUUGCCACCCACACCUUUUUCCAAGGGUAGUACUCCACGGGUUGGAGAGAGUUUACCUCCUCGAAAUAAACAUAGGCGGUCUAAUAGUGAUAUUCCAUUUGGAUUUAAUACCAUAAUGCAAUCUUCUCCGCCUCCGCCCGUUGCAUCAAGGGGUGGUGGUUUGGAGCGAUCACUGUCUUGUAUGGGGAAUUCGGGAGUGCCUAGGUCAGCUCAGUUGGUGAAAAAGGAGACGAGCUGGGAAAGAGGCAACAAUGGCAAUGCGGAAGGAACGGAUGAGUGGAAAUCGGAAGGGGAAGUUGUGGAUGAUUUGUUUUCUGCAUAUAUGAAUUUAGAUAAUAUGGAUUCCUUGAACUCUUCUGAUAAGAACAACGGUAAUCAUGAAGAUUUGGACAGCAGAGCAAGUGUAACAAAGAUCACUGGAGGUGAUAGCAGUGAUAAUGAAGUGGAAAGCAGUGUGAACGAGAGUGGGAAUAGUGCAUCACGAGGUGGAAUGAAUUCUACGGAGAAGAGGGAAGGGAUCAAAAGGAGUGCAGGAGGACACAUUGUUCCUUCUUCUAGACAUUAUAGAAGUGUUUCCAUGGAUAGUUUCAUGGGGAUGUUGAACUCCAGUGAUGAGUCGCCAAAACUACCACCUUCACCCGGAACUCGUCCAGGACAACUCUCACCAAGCAAUUCAAUUGAUGGAAAUUCAGCUUCCUUUAGUUUGGAGCUUGGAAGUGGUGAGUUCAGUGAGGCUGAAAUGAAGAAAAUUAUGGCAAAUGAGAAGCUUGCGGAGAUUGCAAUGGCUGAUCCAAAGCGUGCAAAGAGGAUUUUGGCUAAUCGUCAGUCAGCUGCCCGUUCCAAAGAAAGGAAGAUGCAGUAUAUUUCAGAAUUGGAGCACAAGGUUCAGACUCUGCAGACCGAAGCUACCACAUUGUCUGCUCAACUAACACUUCUACAGGUGGAUAAUUUAGAACACAGAAUGUUAUUUAUAUUUCCUAUUCUUCUUUACCUUAUCCUCAACUUUAAAUUGAUGCAGAGAGAUUCUGUUGGCCUUACAAACCAGAACAAUGAGUUGAAGUUUCGUAUUCAGGCCAUGGAGCAACAGGCACAACUUCGUGAUGCUCUAAACGAAACAUUAACCGCGGAGGUCCAGCGGUUAAAGCUUGCUACUCGAGAGCUAGGCAGUGAAGCUGAUCCGACUAAGGGUAUGGUCUUGCAGCGACUUCCUAACCACCAGAUGUUCCAGCUACACCAGCAGCAGCAGUCUUCCCAGCUUAACAUUGGCCAUCAGUUCCAGAAGCAGCAGCAGCAAUCCCAACAGCAGAACGGGAACACAAUGACUAAAUCAGAGUCGAAUCAGUAGCUCGUGACUGCUCAAAGAGUUGGAAAGUCACAGCGUGAAUCUCACUGUAUUGUUAGUUUCUUCAUCUGCAUCCAUUCAUUUGGUUUUCGUCUCCGAGUUCAACUAGUUUGGAGUUUCAUGGUUGUGGUAAAGUUCAACCUGCGUUGGAUAUAAUAUCCAUCUCGGAAUAAAAGUAAAAUAUAUAGCAAAAACAAUCAUAUAUGAUAUGUAGUCAUAGCUUUUACUUAUUUGUAGUAGAUAAUUAUAUUGGAAUCGGAAUGUAAGCAUUAAGCUGACAUGUAUUAACAUAAGAAGAUUUGGUUUAUCCGGUUUGUUCUAUCAGUUGGGUUAUGUUUCAUUUCAGACU